CUUCCUUGCCAUCCGCCCCUCUCCACCCCUCCCCUCGGCUGCCGCAGCCCAGCUCCUCGCGCGUCAGCGUGGGCUCCCCGGAGCGAGUCGCUAAGUAACAGGGCUGGCUCCGCAGACCCGGGCCGGGGAAACCCGCGCGCGUCGUCAGCAGCUGCGCCGUGGGGCGCAGGGCACGGGACCCUCCCUCAUCCGGUUCCGCAUACACCAGGCCCGCACGCACCCGCUACCAAGAUGCCUUAGCGGUGCAGAUCACCACCUCAGGUGCCCCUCCCCUCGGGGACCCAGCGCCGCCCGCCCCUUCCUCCGGCCAGCGGGUGCGCACUGCUCUGCCAGAGGCCAGGUGGGCGAUUCGCGUCUGCGGUCGCUGUCGCCGCCGAUUCGCCCGCUGAGCCCCGGCGCGGGGCAUGAGGAGCCUCCGGGUGUCGCCUGGAGACGAUCUGGCUGCGCGAACGCCUCCCCAGCGGCCGACUGGGACAUGAGCAGCAAGCUCGGGGUCCUGUGCCCGGCGGCCAGCCCCAGCGGGCGGCGGCCAGCGGGCCAGCGCUGCCCGGGAGAAUGAGGCAGGAGCCGGCGACAGCCUCCUCCUCCUCGGCAUCCGCUUGCUCUGGCGCCCCGGGCCCGGGCCGGGCUGUGGCUCUGCUGCGUGCCCCGCGCGCCCCUCGCCCGCCUCCGGAUGCUCUUCUCGGUUAGCCUGGUGAGGAAGAUAAAGACAUUUGCAACCAAGAUGGUAAUCACGAGUGGAAAUGAUGAAGACAGAGGAGGCCAAGAAAAAGAGAGCAAGGAGGAGAGUGUCCUGGCCAUGCUGGGGAUCAUUGGGACCAUCCUAAACCUGAUUGUCAUCAUCUUCGUCUACAUCUACACCACACUGUGAGCGGCCCGGCCUGUCCUCGGAGGCUCGGGAGGACCACGCGAUGGGAGACCUCUGUGUCCUCAGAUCAGUGACCAGAUGCUGGGAGAACCAGCAGGCUCAGCCUGCACACACCGCUGCAUCCAUGCACCUUUGAACUCCAUAAGAGGUCACAAGACAACCGGUCCUGCUGCUAGGAGCAGACACUAAAGCACAAUGAAUCCAACAAAACUCCUUCGUGCCACAGGGAACUCAGCGGCUCUGGCAGGAGCUCCGGAAGAGCGCUCAGAAGUGCGGCCCUGGGUACCAAAGGCGAGUGGACGGGCUGCAGAAACUCAGUGUCCCAGGUCGGUGACAACACCUGGUAUUCCCCAUGUUUGAGAGGAUGCCCGGGGGGACAUAGCUGGGCGGGGCGUCUCCCGGGCCAGCACUGCGUCUUUACUGGCUGAGCCGUUUCAUAGGAGGUCACAGGGGCCAUUCUUAGACAGACAUCCGUCCGCCUGUCGCAGUGUCUAACUGUUUGAUACUGGGGAGAUAACUUAUUUUUGUUUUUUCAUUGGCUUGAUGUGUGUAUCUGUUCAUAUCAAGGUUUAUAAAUAUAUAUUUUUAAUAAAUGUGCUCUAUUUUUUAGCAUGAACCAAAUAUUUGGAGAGCCGCUUCCAAAUCCACCGUGCUUUCCUUGGUUUCAAUGGCUUCGCCCCUUUUUCAACUGCAGUUCUUUUGUGUCAUGCUAAAGUCCUCUCAUCUCAUCUGAAAGCCUUUGCUUUUGUGCUUUUAUGUUUGUUCAUCUCUCUUCUCCCCUCCCAUCCCUUUUUCCCUCCCUCAUUAUCCCUCCCUACCUCUCUCCUCCUUUCCCCUCCUCUCCGUUUCUCUAUCUGCUCCUUCUGUCUCUGGUCUGCAGGACAUUUUUGUGUAAUACCAGCCAUGGGCUUGGUUGGGGCAUGUUUUAAGAUUGUUUGUUGAGCGGCUUUUUGUUGUUCUGUCAGAGAUAUUAAACAGUCGUGGGCAUGUAGAUCUUAGACACACUAUCUUUACUGAGAACUAUGCAUGAAUAAGGGCUGAGUGGUAGAUCAGCUUUAAAACAAAAAAACAAAAAAACUUUCAAAUGGACAAUUGUUGAGGAAGAAGAGGGGCAGGCUUUGCAGAUGGAGUCCUGAGCGGACACUCAGCAUCUUGCCAGCAGAAUUAUUAUUUCAUUCCGUAGCCA